GUUAUUUUAUCCUAAGUUUGUAGGUUCAAUUCUGUAGAAUGGCUCUGGACACGCCCUCGCAUUCGUUGCGUGGCAACGUGUUUGCUUGCGCCUGUAUUUGUUCAAGGUUGCAUCAAUGUAACAAUGUGCCACGAUAAGACGCUUUAUUUAGCAAACUUCCCGUGAAAAAUGUUUCAAUUUGUGCCGAAUAUUGGGAAAUGAGAGCGCCAAACCUCACAAGUAAUCUUUAAUGCCAGAAGGUACACAUUCUUUUUCCAGAAAAUAUAGGCAAUAUUGUUUCAAAUGUCUCCUUCAAGGCUGUACACUCCAUCUGUGGCGCCUCCUUUGCCCUUAAGUUCUUUCAAUGUCUCAAGCAACUUCUGCACAGAAGAAAAUAUCUCUGAGUGCAUUCUGUACAUCAAUCAGGAGCUGUCAUCCCUGGGCUUUCCACUGAUCUUCCGUAAUUCAGAUGGCACCCGUGAUCUGGACGCUGUGAUUGCACUAAACAACAUCUAUGACCUGGUACAGCUGCACCGCCGAUCUGUUGGAAUGAUGGAGGAGCUGGAGGUGGAGCAGCUCAAGUCCAGCAGUGACCUCCAUUACCAGCAUCUCACUAACUCUAGACUGAAGGACCAGCUUGAAAUUUCGAAAAAGGAAAAUAUGUGCUUGCAUGAGAAAGAGCGUCAGCUGGAAACAAAUAUAAAGACUUUACAAAUCUGCCUAAAAGAUGCAAAAGAAGAGGCACAAAGGCUGCAGGGUAUCAUUAUAAGUCGUGAUACACAAUACAACCACGAUAUUAAGAGAAGAGAAAGGGAGCACAACAGAGUGAAGGAACGCCUCAAUCAACUACUCAUUGCUAAAAAGUUUAAUAAACAAGGAAUGGAUGUUUUGAAUUAUGUUGGAAGGCCGGAUGGGAGGAGAUGUCUUUGGAAAACUGGAAAAACUGAAGCCAGACAUGAAGAAGAAAUGUACAAAACUCUUCUGAAUGAAUUUGAUAAUCGUCAGAGGGAGCUAAUGCUGGAAAACAUUGAGCUGAAGAAAGUGCUUCAGCAGAUGAAACGAGAGAUGGUGGGAGUUUUAAAUUCAAAGAGAAAUUGCCAAAAGGAAGAGAAAAAGAGCAAAAAUGCAGAUAAGCAGACAAAUUCAGAUGAAGAGAAUUCUUUGAAAGGACCUUCCGGGAUGUCCUGUGAUCAUGCUCGGGAGAAACUUACCAACAGCAUUCGUCAGCAGUGGAGGAAACUGAAACACCAUGUUGAGAAACUGGACAGCCAAGCAUCCUUGGUGCAAGCUGGAGACAGUGAGAAGAUAAUCUUCAAACAAGUACAUGAGGAGGAGAUAGAGAGGCUCAAAGUAGAAAUUCAGCAGUGCAAAGAAUUCAUUCAGACUCAGCAGCAGCUUCUGCAACAACAGCUCAACACACCCUGUGAUGAGGAGACUGCAGCUGUUCUCAAUGACUGCUACAUGCUGGAAGAGAAGGAACGCUUAAAAGAGGAGUGGAAAGUUUUUGACGAACAGAGAAAAAACUUUGAAAUGGAAAGAAGAAAUUUCACAGAGGCUGCCAUCAGAUUGGGCCAUGAGAGAAAAUCAUUCGAGGACGAUCGUGCAAUAUGGCUCAAACAUCAGUUUCUAAACACAACAUUUGCAGACCAGAUGAAACCACAAAGUCGAAUGACUGAUGAAUUAUUCAACUACUCUGGUCAUGAAGAGAAACACAUACCAAUUUCUGCUGAAGUGAGCAAAUCUCAUCUUUAGUCUUGCCAAUCCAUGGAACCCCAUGCAGAUGAUUCUGGAUUGUUUUUAUCUAACACCAGAUGAGGGAUUCCUUGAGCCAAUGUGAAUGAGUAGCUUCCAAGCCCAACAUUCAAAAUAUGGACCUGAAUAUUAAACCAAGUUUUGUGUCACAUUGUAUUUGUGAUACUAUACAUUAGGAUCAUCAAAGAACAUCAUUAAAUCAUUGAAACUCUACAGGUUUUAUAAUUAUAUACAGUAUACUGGCAAUGAACUAUGUUAAAAAAAUUACCCUGACAUUUAUGACUUUUUGAAACAUUAGAAAUACCUUGUAGAUAUUUUUUCUUUAGGAUGGAUGGAUGAUUUUAAUCUGAGCAUUUUUUUGUGUGAUUUAGAAGAUAUUUGUGGUUAUUUUAGUUUAACUGUAUCUUUUUAUGGAUUCAUUCUAGGUAGAUAGAUAAUCUGUUGUAAUCACGUUCAGCAGUAUUACUUUUAGGUACUUUAAGUGGUUACUUUUUUUUUUACUAAAUGUGAAAUACAGUCUCAUCCAAUGAUAACUGUAAGUAAUAAUGCAUUUGACAAGAUCAAAUACUUUAGGGUUUAAGCAGUGGUCCAUUUUAUUUCUUAUUGUGCACUGAUUAGCCUUUGAGUUUAAAUUUAACUUUUUUAUCUUUUAUAAUUUUAGCACUUAAAUAACAUACCACCAUAAUUCCAAAACCACAACAUUUUGAUUUCUUUGUUGCAUGCGGAUAAUACUGUAUAUCAUACUAACAUAUGGUAAGAACUUAUUUUAUAUUUAAAACAUACUAAAUAAGGAAUACGCUUCAAUUAUUUAUUAUGCCAAACUUAACUGGAACCUUAAACAGUAUUUCAGUAUGUUUUAAGAUUUAUUCAAAGAUAGAAAGUAGCUCCUGCUUACAGAGGUGUAGUACUUGAGACUGGACUCAAAUUGGUCUCGAGACCAUAUUUUUAUUGUCUUGGUCUUGUCAUGGACUCGGGAGCAUUUGGACUUGGUCUAAUCACAGACUCGAACAAGUGUGAAAUCAGACUUUCCCCGCAUCCAGUCGAGUCCCGCCACUUGUUAACUGGCGCCCACAACUGAACAUACUGUGCAUACCAUGAGUGCUCUGACUUACCUGAACAACAUUUCCUUAUGACAUAGCAAUUAUGACGUGUGUCCCAUAUUUCUGUCAGCUGUGUAGAAUCAGAAUGCCUGAUUCACGAUUGAAUCAUUCUUUCGUGUUGAUUAUUUUUAGUGAAUUGGCCAAAUGGGUUAACAAAAUGGUCUGAAUUGUUUCUCAGUGAAACAGUAUCGAGAUACGUUAAGAACACUGAGAACAAGCAGAGCGUUGGAUGAAGUAGACAUUUACCUUCAGUCAUUUGAAAUUUUUGCUUGUUUGCGGUGGGACGACCGGACGAAUCGGGAAGGCAAAGGGUACUUUGAAGGGUAUUUUGUCCUUUGUAAAAAAAAUUUAAAAAAAGUGCAGUGCCUGUCUUUGCUGUCUAAAUGUGAACUGCAAUGUUUGAUUUGCCUUAAUGUGCAUGGGAAAAUGAACAUUACAGAGACACAAAAACACAUUCCUUACAUUUUUUUAUGUAUCGCACGAAGAAAUGGACCAGCUUCUCUCAGCUCGUUAUUGAAAACGCAUUGCCAAUUGGGUAUUUCUCUUGCGCUGGCUGACUGGAAAACAGAGAACAGCAGUGAGCGGCAUGAGCGUGACGUCAUUGCCAUGGUAAACAGAUACAUUUAAGCCGAAAGGACAUUUUGGAAAGAUUGUUUUUCUGCUUUUUCAGUUAAAAUUAAUCUAAUGAUAACACUGAAUGUGAAAGAAAUUAUUUGUUACUUUGAGAAUGAUGAUAAAAAUAUUCACAAUUUUGUAAAUUUUAUCAUUCUACAUGGCAAAUUUUUAAUUCAUAAAUGUAGAUUGUCAAAAUCUCCUUUAUACAAGGUUUUCUCUAACGAACUCACUUUUUUAAUGAAGUCUCUUAAAGUUGUGAAAAAUGUAAAAGCUACGUCUAUUGUAAGAUAUUACGAAUCUGUAUUUGGCGUCUUGUGAAUGUCUUCUUUUUUGUUUGUUUUUUAAAAUUUAUUUUAUUUUUGUUCUUUAACCAUCUUUGGAGCUUCUGUUUUUGAUGCCUGGUUCUGUAAUAAUGUUGUUUACAUGUUCUUUAAUAAAAAAUAAAUAAAUAAAAAUAAACCGAAAGGACA